UUCAUUCGGAGUCCGCAGACUGAAUGAAGAAUCCGCAGCUUCAACGCUAUCCUGUGAGAAAGCAGCGGUUCUUCUGUGGGAAUUGUCGUGGAAUAUUAAGUUCUAGUUUGAUAAAUUAAAGUUCAAAGUGUUAACAACGCGAGGAGUGGUGAAGUGUCGAACAAGCGACUACAAAGGACAACAAUACACAACAAACCGCAGCCCUCCAGACUGAGUGGAGCCAGCAACUUGUGAGACGUUCCAGAGCCGCAGCACGACGACCAAGGGUGGCAGAGGAAACGCUGACUGUAUGCUGCUAGAAAGAAGUUAGAGAAGAGUAGUUGGGAGUUCUUGAGAAAUGAUCACUUCCUUAUAAGACGUGUGUCGGACUUGCACCGGUGAGAUCUGCUACAGCGUAUCAGUUCAACAGAAGUCCUGAUUUCAGCUCCUGCAGACUGCACCCCCUUUCUCCAUCAGUGGUAGUGACCCAACUCCGGACAGCUUGCUGGAGGGCCCUUCCUGAGCAGCAGCAGCUGCGUCCUGCUUGCUCACUCCUGUCCCUCCCCUGCUUCCUGUCCUUGGUCAGACAAGGCUAAAGUCUCCUCUCCCCUCACCCCACCCCUCAUCUGUGUAGGCUUUUCUUACUCACACACUUACAUUUCAUGCUCAAGCAGCUUCUUUUGUUAAUCACACACUCACAGAUCGUGUUAGGCUACUAACUGUCUUUGGCGAUUGUCCGCCAGCUGACUUUUAACCCCCUUGCUCAGACCUAGAGUGACCAUCCAGCACAGAGUACCUCCCUUUUACCUACACUACAGCUUGCAGAAUGACCUCCAUGUCCAGUUUGUUUUCCUUCACGAGUCCGACAGUCAGACGCCUGCUCGGCUGGAAGCAGGGAGAUGAGGAGGAGAAAUGGGCUGAAAAGGCAGUGGAUGCGCUUGUGAAAAAGUUGAAGAAGAAGAAAGGUGCUAUGGAGGACCUGGAGAAAGCGCUGAGCUGCCCUGGGCAGCCCAGCAAGUGUGUUACCAUUCCAAGAUCACUGGACGGCCGGCUUCAGGUUUCCCACAGGAAGGGUCUUCCUCAUGUUAUCUACUGCAGAGUGUGGCGUUGGCCAGAUCUACAGUCCCACCAUGAGCUGAAGCCCCUGGACAUUUGCGAGUACCCAUUUGGCUCCAAACAGAAGGAGGUCUGCAUCAACCCAUAUCACUACAAGAGAGUGGAGAGCCCUGUGCUUCCUCCUGUCCUGGUACCACGGCACAGCGAGUUCAACCCACAGCACAGCUUGCUGGUACAGUUCCGUAACCUCACCCACAACGAGCCACACAUGCCCCUGAACGCCACCUUUCCAGAGUCCUUCCAACAGCCGCACAAUGGGGGCGGCAGCAGUGGAGGAGGCGGAGGUGGCGGCGGCUCUUUUUCCAUUUCUCCCAACUCUCCGUAUCCUCCUUCUCCAGCCAGCUCUGGUACUUAUCCAAACUCUCCUGCCAGUUCGGGGCCCUCCAGUCCAUUCCAACUCCCAGCUGACACCCCACCCCCGGCCUACAUGCCCCCUGAUGAGCAGCUGGGCCAGGAGAGCCAGUCCAUGGAAACGAGCAGCAGCCUGGUGCCGCAGAGCAUUGCCAGAGGAGAUGUGCAGCCAGUGGAGUAUCAGGAGCCCAGUCACUGGUGCUCUAUUGUCUACUAUGAACUUAACAAUCGUGUAGGAGAGGCUUACCAUGCUUCAUCAACCAGUGUGCUCGUGGACGGCUUCACUGACCCCUCAAACAACAAAAACCGCUUCUGCCUCGGACUGCUGUCCAACGUCAACCGCAACUCCACAAUCGAGAACACCCGCAGACACAUUGGCAAAGGAGUGCACCUGUACUAUGUGGGAGGGGAGGUGUACGCAGAAUGCCUCAGUGACACCAGCAUUUUUGUUCAGAGUCGUAACUGUAAUUACCACCAUGGCUUCCACCCCACCACUGUGUGCAAGAUCCCAAGUGGAUGUAGCCUGAAGAUUUUCAACAACCAGGAGUUUGCUCAACUUUUGGCUCAGUCGGUUAACCAUGGCUUUGAGGCCGUCUAUGAGCUUACCAAGAUGUGUACCAUUAGGAUGAGCUUUGUCAAGGGCUGGGGAGCAGAAUAUCAUCGACAGGAUGUCACCAGCACCCCCUGCUGGAUCGAGGUGCACCUGCAUGGGCCCCUUCAGUGGCUAGAUAAAGUGCUAACACAAAUGGGGUCUCCCCUCAACCCAAUCUCCUCUGUGUCCUAAUAUUGGACUUUGGAAAGCUUGGGGACCCUUAGAAAAAUAUAAACCCCACCCCCACCCCACCCCUCAAUGAUUUAUAAUUUAAAACUGUCUUAAUGGCUGAACUGUUUACACUUACUCUGGGAAGGGACUGGCUGGAUAUUCAACAACACCCACAGCCAGAAUCCAGUUGUUGAAACGGCAAAAUGUUGCAAGCAAAUACCUGGAGAAAGAUGAGAAAUGCCCAAGUGGCAGUAACAAGGACACUACUGCUUGACAAUAUUACAAUACCUCCAAGAACUGAGGGCUCUAUUGUCAAGCUUGAAUCUGACAAAUUUUUAAUUUUUGCAUCAAGUUUUGUUUGACAAUUUAACUUUUGUUUCUCUCUAUAGUUUUUAACGAAGCAGAACUGUUUCACUACUUUGCCUUGUAUCUGACAGACAAUAGAAAUUUUACGGAACACUUUUUCUUACAUUGUUGUCUCAAUGUCAGAUAUUUACAAUAAAGAUAUAGAAACAACUAUGUUUACCAUUAGACUCAGAUAUAACAAAUGCUUUCUUUUUAUAGUCUCUACUGCUAGAAUUGAACACUGAGCUACUGCCUUUUAAGAAAGUUAUGUAUGCCAACCUGAUAGUUUUUGAUAUGGGAGAUCAAUCACUGAACAAGUUUAACAUGCCAUAAGCUAACAACAUUGUGAAUGUUACAUCUAUUGUAAUAGAAGUAGUCAUAUAUGAUAUAAUCAGAAAAUGGACACCAUCAUUAUUGAUUCUUCUUUGUACUCGUGUUCAAGUAAGAGUGGCUGUAUUUUCCAUACUUACUGUAUUAACAAUAUUGUGCACUCGUGAAUUUUGUGGAGGCAUGUUGGAUGAGUUUGGUGUGGGUACCAAGGCAUUAUGUUGAUAAAUAAUUGACCUCCUUUGCUCAGUGAAAUAAAGGGGUUAUUUGGUAACGUAAUAAUUUUAGUUUUGUACUUCAAAUGUUUUUUGAUUUUUGGCUCAGUUGUGUAGAAACCCUAACCUCAGUGUGCAACAAAGUCUCCUGCUCGUGUUGGUAAACAGACUGGCAAAGGCAUUUCCUGUGUAUUUUUGUUUUAUUUUCUUUUUUUUUUUUUUUUUUUUUUAAGUACAGAAUAUUCUUCCAGUAUUUUUUUUUUCUAAAGUCUAGUUUUUAUUUUUACUUUGGGUAACCAAGAUGUUUUUUUUGUUAACAGUGGUGACUUAUUUUUCUGUGCUUCCUUCUGGUUUUGGCAAGUUGUGGACAACAGCAUGUAAACACACAGCGGUUUGUUCUGAUAAUGGAAAAACUGAUGACACACCAUUCAGGUUUCUCCGCUGAACCGUUCUACUUAUGGCUGAUUGUUUUCUAUGCUCUGAUUAGAUGUAAGGGUUGUGAAAAUAUGCCAAUCCUGUCACCAUGGUAAACUCAUAAAGGCACCACAGAAAAUAAAGGACAGUGAAUUUUAAUGACUGAAAUAUUAAGUACACAAAGCCCACAGCUUAUUUCUAUUCACAGCAAAUCUCCUGUUAUACAAGAAUAGCAUUGUUUUUGGUUUCCACAUAAUUAAAUAAAGCACAUUUGUUGUCUGAAAUGGA